GGCGGUCCUCGAUCCACUGCAACCUGCCCUGGUGCUGAACACAACACACACGGUUUAUUCAUCCUCCAACACCAUGUUACGAUCGGCUGCAACCGCUGUCCUUAGUAAGGCUUUGAGGACAAAUUGCCAACUGUUGCCACGUGUCACGACAAGCGUGUCCCAACAGCGAUGGGUCAUGUCAGCCACUGCACAGAACCAGGAUGACAAGGCGUGGACAGGUCAGGAGAGCCUGGCUGACUCUGACCCUGACAUGUGGAGUCUGCUACAGAAGGAGAAGGACAGGCAGCUCCGCGGGCUGGAACUCAUCGCUUCUGAGAAUUUCUGCAGCAAGGCAGCCCUGGAAGCUCUGGGUUCCUGUCUGAACAACAAGUACUCUGAAGGUUACCCAGGACAAAGGUACUAUGGAGGAGCAGAGAUUGUGGACCAGAUUGAGCUCCUGUGCCAGCAGCGUGCUCAGCAGGCCUUCCGCCUGGACCCAGAGAAGUGGGGGGUGAACGUCCAGCCGUACUCAGGCUCUCCUGCUAACUUCGCUGUCUACACCGCCCUGCUCAACCCACACGACAGGAUCAUGGGCCUGGACCUGCCUGAUGGGGGACAUCUUACCCAUGGUUUCAUGACUGACACCAAGAGAAUCUCUGCGACGUCCAUCUACUUUGAGUCCAUGCCAUACAGGCUGAAUCCGGAGACAGGUCUGAUUGACUAUGACAAGCUUGCGGAGACAGCGCGCCUGUUCCGUCCCCGUAUGAUCAUCGCUGGAACCAGCGCCUACGCCAGGCUGAUCGACUACAAAAGGAUGAGAGAAAUCUGUGAUGAGCACGGUGCCUACCUUCUGGCAGACAUGGCGCACAUCUCAGGCCUGGUGGCUGCUGACCUCAUCCCCAGUCCGUUUGAGUACGCCGACGUCGUCACCACAACUACACACAAAACCCUGCGAGGGGCAAGAGCUGGACUGAUCUUUUUCCGACGGGGGGUCAAAGGACAGAACAAGAAGACGGGGAAGGACAUCAUGUACGACUUUGAGCGCAAAAUCAACUUCUCAGUGUUUCCGUCCCUACAAGGCGGCCCCCACAAUCACGCCAUCGCAGCUGUGGCCGUGGCCCUCAAACAGGCACAGUCUCCCAUGUUCCGUGAGUACCAAGAACAGGUCAUGAGCAACACAAAGGCCAUGGCAGAUGCACUGAUGGCUAAAGGCUACAAACUAGUUUCAGAUGGCACAGACAACCACCUGGUUCUGGUGGAUCUGCGUCCGAAGGGCAUCGACGGCGCGCGUGUGGAGCGGGUGUGUGAACUAGCCUCCAUCACCUGCAACAAGAACACCUGUCCCGGGGACAAGAGCGCGCUCACACCUGGAGGGCUCAGGCUGGGAGCCCCGGCGCUGACGUCACGUUGUCUGAAGGAGGACAACUUCCGGCAGGUGGUGGACUUUAUUGACGAGGCUGUGGAGGUUGGGCUGCAGGUGAAGGCGAAGACUGGACCCAAGAUGGUAGAUUUCAAGAAGUUCCUGUUGGAAGAUGAAGAGACUGUCAGCAAGAUUUCCGACCUCCGUUCUCGCGUGGAGAGUUUUGCCCGCACAUUUCCCAUGCCAGGUUUCGAUGAUCAUUAGGUCAUUACUGUAAAAAGCUUUUUAUUUCCAUGUUAAAACAACAAAACCACAGAUCUCCAUGAAUUAAGGGUGUUGAUUUAUACAUUAAGACAUGGUGUUACUUUAAAAACAAUUAAUAGAGAUUCUUUUUACACAACCAGGUUGUAUAAAAAGAGUCUCUUCAUUCAGUGACUUACCAACCUCAUGGAACUAUUGCCGGACAUUAAAACAAUGAUGAAUAUGCAAAAAAAUUGAAUCUGAAAGGAGAUAUCCUCAUUGAAACAGUACGUUUUUCUCCAUUCUUUUUGUUAGUGCAGUAAAGUGAUUGGGUGAGAGGACAGAAUGGUCAAGAAUGUUCUACUUUAGUUUGGUAUUCUGUAAAGUAGGAGAAGUUUGGUUUUGUCAGUUGGAGUGGUUUAAAUUUGAGUUGCCAUAAAUGUUUUACAAAAAUUAAGCCUAGUAAAUUGAAGCUUUUCUAAACUAGUAACUUUCCUCAUCAAAAGUGAUAAUUUUCCCCAAAGACCCAUCAAUGUUAAAUCUCAUUGCAGAUGAAUUUAAAAAUGAUUAUGAAUGGAAAAUCUAUUUGUGCCAUGUCAAAUUAUGAGUGUAGGGUGGAAAAUAAGAGAAUGCUCAUACAAACAUUUGGAUUCUUAUGUUCCAAGAGAACAUGCAAUAAUAAUGCAUUCUGUCUAUUUUGAUGUACUGAAAA